AUGAAGCAAUGGGCAGCGGCAUUCCUCGUGCUGCGCUUUGCACUGGCUCAAACAGACGACCACGGGCAUGACCACGGGCAUGACCACGGAAGCGGAGCUUUCGAGUGGGCAGGCAUCUUCGACACUCCGAACAGCAACUACCUCUGGACGGCGCAGAAGACCGACGGUGGCUACGCCGAUCCAACGCUGAAGAUGGUGGCUUUGCCCACCGCGACAGUCAGCCAGCAGGCGCUGAGCGACUUGGAGGCCCAAGGAGAGACGGCCAUGGAGGCCACGGAUUCGACUUGUACAACGGUGCAGUCAGGAGGCACCAUCACCCCAGCUGCAAACACCUGCUACAUACUGGAAUUCGAGUCGAGUGCAUGGCAGUCUCUUUUCAACAUCGAUGCAAGCGCUACGGCUGGGAUCGCCUUCUUUACAAAUCAUGGGCCAACCGAGUUCGAAGCUGAUGCCCACUACCUCAAGGACAGCGUUGGCGAGGACAUUGAGCCGGUAGGCGAGCUGCCAGAAGUGACUGUGACUCCGGCACCAGAGACGCCUUACGAUUGGGGCCUUAUCCUAGCGGCAGUUCUGGUGAACGUGGUUGCAGAAACUUCCAAGGAGGAUGCUGAAGGGACCGUUUUGAAUGAAGAGCAGAAGUUCAGGGCCAGAGCUCGAUUGCUAGGUGCAGUUCUGAUUGGAGACUUCUUCCACAACCUUUGCGACGGCUUCUUCAUUGGCGCUGCCUUCCAGGUCUGUGGAAAUGCAUUCGGCUGGAGCGUAGCCACUGGCACGAUCCUGCACGAGCUGCCUCAGGAAAUUGCGGACUUCGUAGUCUUGACCGGGCCAGGUGUUUCCUUGUCGCCCUUGAAGGCGUUGAUUGCCAACUUCGCGAGUGGCCUCAGCGUCCUCAUUGGAGCCAUAAUCGUCUCUGCAACGCCGAUCGACGAUUCUUUCAUCGGCCUCAUCCUUGCAUUCGGCGGCGGGGUGUACCUGCAUGUCGGAGCUACCGACUGCUUGCCAAAGAUGUACGACCCCAAGCUGCGCUUCGUCGAACGACUCGCUGCAAUGCUGGCCUUCGUCGUUGGAACGGUCCUGAUUGGACUGAUUCUCAUCGGCCACGAGCACUGCUUCGCUCCUACAUCUGAGGGUGAGGGAGGUCACGGUCACAGCCACGGGCACAGCCACUAA